ACCCCACGCCUCUCUCUCUCUCCGUUUCCCUCUCCUCUUAGAUUGCCGCUCGCCACCGUGCCCGUAUCGACGCCGUCCAUCUCGGUUCGCUCUUUCCACAGUUCCGACCGCCGCACCAAGCCCUUGUUUCCACUAGCCUGACACACUCUCUCUUUUAUCUCCUCUGCAGCUUCGCUCACUGUGGAACGUCCAGCGCCACCGCCUCCUGCUCUCGAUUUCUUACAGCGGCAAGUUACUCCAUCUCGUUCACUCUCUCGUCGUUUCUCUCUCUCUCUCUAACUCUCUGUCGGUGUAUCACAGUGUCUCGGUGUUGGGCUGACCACGGUGACCAACGAAGGCCAUCGGAGCCAGCGUGACCCCUCCACGUCGCCCAUAUCCUCCGCCACUCACGACGUCGCACGAGUCUCUCGAUCCUCGUCUCUCUGUCUCGGUGUCCCUCCCUCUCUCUCUCUCUCUCUCUCUCUCUCUCUCCUUGCUAAGCCAGCCACCGCAACCAGCGGAGGCUACCGCGCCACAAGUCCAGCCACACAGCACCAUUCAAUUCGUGCCGUUCCAUCACCGAGUCCAGUCGAACACCGCUUCAAGUCUGGUGAGAUGAGGGUGAAAAGGCAGAAGUGUCAUAGGAAGAGUGUGAGGUUCUACACUUCAUGCUUUGGGUUCAGACAGCCCUUCAAGGUCUUAUGUGAUGGUACAUUUGUGCACCACCUUAUUGCCAAUACCAUCAAACCUGCUGACACUGCCAUCUCCAACAUCCUCUCUGCUGCUCCCGUCAAACUCUUGACCACCAGAUGUGUUCUUGCUGAGUUGAAAAGGCUUGGCACUUCCUACUUUCAAGCUCUUGAGGCUGCUCAUCAGCUCUUUACUGUCAGUUGUAAUCAUGAGAAAAACAAGAGUGCUGAUGCAUGCAUCAAGGAUGUUAUUGGACAGAAUAAUCCCGAGCACUUCUUUGUUGCUACUCAGGAUACUGAUCUUCGGAAGAAGUUUCAGGAGAUUCCAGGUGUCCCCAUCAUUUUUGGUUUAAGAAAUUCCCUUUUCCUUGAGCCCCCAUCUGCAUUUCAACGCCAGUUUGUCAAAACUUCCGAAGAAGCACGCUUGCAUAUGACUGAGUUGGAUCGCAAAAUGUUACAGAAACGGUCAAGGAAUAGGUCUGUUGACGAGGAAGCAAAUAAUUCUUCUGGUGAAAAUGAAGAUUUUGUAGAUCAAAAAAUAGGGAUACAGGAUGAAAGGAAACCACCAACUGCCCUUAAGGCAAUGAGCGUGAAGGACAGAGUUCAAUUUAAGAGAAAGAAGGCAAAGGGCCCAAACCCACUUUCAUGUAGGAAAAAGAGCCAUGAAAAACCAAAAUUGGUUCUGGAGAAGGAAAAGAAAGAUAGCGAAAAUUCUGCAAGAAGCAGGAGCAGGAAACGGAAGAGAUCACGUGGAGACAAAAAGAUAGCAGAGAAAGAUGGUUGAUGUUCAGCUGGCCAAAGGGAAACUUGUCUGAUGUCCUUAUUCAAAUUUGAGAAUUCCUUUAUUCUACGAAUAUUGAAAUAUGCGCCAGUGGUGAUCAUGGUCGUGACAAACAACUAGAGAAUACAGAAUAGAUUCAGGAUUUUACCAAGUUUUUUAGUUUUAUUUUUUGUGGUGUUGAUCAGGGGCUGGCUUAUCAUAUAUGGUCAAUGAAGUUUGUCGACGUAUCAAUUGUUUUGAGUUUAGGAAAGCUAGCUGCUUGCCUUGCCUCAGUGUCGUGACUCGUCUUCCUUUUGGUUUGGAUUUUGCUUCCAAAGGGAGUGGUUUUCAACAA